CCAAAAAUAGCCUAGUAUUACCUUACAUCACCACCAAGAUACCAACACCCAAGAGCGCAGUUAUGGCCCUCCAAGGAGAUAAUGUUGUUGUUUCUGCGAGGAAGCUUGAGAGAAUGUUUAGCAUGAAAGGUGGCAAAGGAGAAGCAAGUUAUGCAAACAACUCACAAGCUCAGGCUCAACACGCUCGAUCCAUGCUUCACCUGCUAGAGGGAGCCCUGGACAGUGUGCAACUAGAGUCGCCAGAGACUCCAUUUGUGGUAGCAGACCUGGGGUGUUCAUGCGGUGGUAACACCAUCUACAUCAUGGAAGUCAUCAUCAGACAUAUAACCAAGAGAUUUGAAGCCAUGGGAUGUGAACCCCCCGAGUUCUCGGCCUUCUUCUCCGACCUCCCUUCCAAUGACUUCAACACUCUCUUCCAGCUUCUUCCUCCCUUGGCCAUUGACGGGGGUAGCAUGGAAGAGUGCCUAGCUGCCAAGGGCCACCGCUCUUACUUUGCCGCCGGUGUCCCUGGUUCAUUUUACCGCCGGCUCUUUCCGGCUCGCUCCGUUGAUGUCUUUCACUCUGCGUUUUCCCUGCACUGGCUCUCUCAGGUACCGGAGAUUGUGAUGGAUAAGAGAUCAACGGCGUAUAACAAAGGAAGGGUUUUCAUCCACGGUGCGAAUGAGGCCACAGCCAAUGCAUACAAAAAGCAGUUCCAGACAGACUUGGCAGGGUUCCUGAGAUGUCGAGCGCUUGAGAUGAAGAGAAGUGGCUCCAUGUUUCUGGUUUGUUUGGGAAGAACCUCGGUGGACCCAACCGACCAGGGUGGUGCCGGCCUACUCUUUGGGACCCACUUUCAGGACGCUUGGGACGACCUUGUCCAAGAGGGGCUAGUAGACGCAGAGAAACGUGACAGCUUCAACAUCCCGGUUUACGCCCCAAGCCUACAGGACUUCAAGGAGGUAGUGGAAGCGGAUGGGUCGUUUGGCAUAAACAACCUGCAGGUAUUCCGAGGAGGAAGCCCGCUUGUGGUAAACCGACCCGACGAUGCGGCGGAGGUGGGUCGAGCCCUAGCAAAUAGUUGCAGGAGCGUGUGCGGGGUACUGGUGGAUGCACACAUUGGAGACCAACUAAGUGAUGAGCUGUUUGCUAGACUUGAACGCCGAGCCACCAGCCAUGCCAAGGACCUGGUGGAGAAGGUACAGUUCUUUCACAUAGUUGCGUCCUUAUCCUCUGUUGCAUAGACAUGGCCAAGAAAAAAGAGAGGCACAGCAAGCUCACAAAAGAGAAGGCAAAAGCAAGCUUUCAUGGCUGACUACUUUUUUUUUUUUUUUUUCCUUUUGUGAGUGUGGAUGUGUGUUGUGUCGUUGCUGACUCUGUAGUACUUGAUGCAUUUGUGUUUUUAUGUUCCCUGGAAUACAAGCUAGAAGUAAACAUCUCCUCUUUCAUUUCCUCUAGUUUAUUAUUAUGUCUAUAUAUGUGAAGGUACAUUGAUGAGGCCC